UAAGAGUGAUGACAUCAGAGCGCGACUUUGUAGCUGCAGCCAUCGCCAUGAACAGCGUCGGGGAAGCUUGCACGGAUAUGAAGCGCGAGUACGACCAGUGCUUCAACCGGUGGUUUGCCGAGAAGUUCCUCAAGGGGGACGGCUCCGGGGACCCGUGCACCGACCUCUUCAAGCGCUACCAGCAGUGUGUCCAGAAAGCAAUAAAGGAGAAAGAGAUUCCUAUUGAAGGACUGGAAUUCAUGGGCCAUGGCAAAGAAAAGCAUGAAAACUCCUCUUGACCUUGCUUGUCACCUUGAAAAUGAAUUCCUCCUGCCAAAAAAUUAAGGACUGUGGAUUUUGUCAACUAGGUUGUGAAGAUAGCCAAAAGAUUUAAUGAGUUUAGGAGGGAAGUUUGUUUUUUCCCACUUUGAUGCUUUCCUAUCAAUUGUAAAAGAUGAUGAACGAUCACUCUUUGCUUUGAGAUGAUUUCUCACUUGCUGUGGCAUCUCGCAAGAACUCAAUGUGCUAAAACUGAACAAUUUCUUGGAAUUAUGGUCACAAUACUUGGUCUGGAAUCAGCUUUAAAUAUAUCUUGUAUGUUAAUUAUGAUAAACUAGUCAAGAUGAUCAGGGUUGCCUGACUUCUUGAUUUUUGCUGCAAAGGACUUUAGGUACACUGUAUGAGAUCAUUGUUCAUGAUGGCAGUCACUUAAGACCUCUUUUUCUCUCAGGGAGCUAAUAUUCUAAAAAAGGGAUCUGGGACAAGUUUCAACCAAUGCUUGGGAGCAGUUUUAUUUUUAUAUGAUAACAGUUAAGAUUAUGAGUGGCCUGGGUUAGGCCAGGCGGAAGACAGCUUUUAACAGUUCCCUGCCUUACAGGAGGUAUCUGAUUAAGAUGUGAAAGCUUCAAAAACAUUAGAGUGAACACUAUUCCAUAGCUCACAAUGUAGUUCAGGAAUAAUUGUACUUGGAGUGUCUAUGGAAGAGCCUAAAUUACAAAGAUCUGCUGUUGACAGUCUCCAACCCAAAUUAAUGAAUUAAGUCAACCUGCAUAUCAUUAAAAAAAAAAAAAAAA